AUGAAGGUUGGACGCAUCGAGAAAGAUUAUCCAUUUGUUGAUGCUCAUCGUGCUCCUUGUCUUGAAGUGGCUUGGAAUCCGUUCAAUGAUAAUAUUAUUGCCAGUUGUUCGGAAGAUACUACUUGCAAAAUUUGGCUAAUCCCAUCUAAUGGUUUAAUUCGUGUACUUAGCGAACCGCUAGUUGAAUUAAGUGGUCAUCAAAAACGAGUUAAUACUUUAGCAUGGCAUCCAACUGCAAAUAAUAUCUUGCUUACUGCUGGUAAAACAAAUGGUGCAUUUUUGAUUUAUAAUUAUUUAUUUUCUGGUGGUGAGAAUAAGUUAUUGUUGUGGAAUGUAUGCGCUGGGGAGGCUUUGCUUGAAGUUAGCGGUCAUCCUGAUAUGAUAUGGUCUGUAUCUUUCAACUAUGAUGGAAGUCGUUUUAUGACAACAUGCAAGGAUAAACAAAUUCGAAUCUUUGAUUCUCACACUGGUGAAGUGCUUCAUCAGGGCUAUGGUCAUGAAGGAGUGAAACCACAACGUGCAAUAUUUCUUAAAGAUGGAAGAGUCUUCACUACUGGUUUCACAAAACGUUCUGAAAGGCUUUAUGCACUUCGGACACAGGAAAACUUGGAUGAGCCACUGAUUCAAGAAGAACUCGACACAAGUAAUGGCGUGCUUUUUCCACUCUAUGAUGAAGACAGUGGUCUUGUUUAUUUAGCAGGCAAAGGAGAUUGUGCUAUUCGAUAUUAUGAAGUUAAUAAUGAAUUUCCUUUCGUGCAUUACAUCAAUACAUAUACAACAUCAGAACCACAACGUGGUAUUGCAUUCAUGCCUAAAUUGGGUCUUAAUUCUAACGAAAAUGAAAUUGCACGCAUUUAUAAAGUAACAACAAAGGGUGUUGUGGAAGAGUUGCAGUUUUUCGUACCGAGAAAAUCCGAUCUUUAUCAAGCAGAUUUGUAUCCAGACACCCGGAGUCGUGUACCAGCACUCACAGCUGAAGAGUUUAUUGAAGGUAAGAAUGCUCCUCCCAAUUUGGUAGCAGUGAAUCCAGAAGCUGCUGUUUCUAAACCGAAGGUACAAAUAGCUAAGAAAGCUAAUAUUCUGGCUCAUCUACCUACCAGCCAGGAACAAACGACAAAUCGUCUACAAGCUGAACAACAAAGAAAGUCUUCUUAUGAAGAUGUACGUUAUGAAGAGCCAAAUCCUACACCUCAUCGAAGUAGACCUAAGAGCAUGCUUAGUGGGUCAGUAGAUGAAGAGACUGGAAUCGUGAUGAUAGAAAGAUCUGGUCCAGAACGCGAACCACGUCUACCGAAGGCACGUAGCCCGGAGCGAAUCACUCCAAUAGUUCCUCGGCAACAAGUGCAGUUACGUUCACACACAGACAGAAACAAUACACAAGCAACACCUGGUCAAAGAAGAAUAACCGCUGACCUGGAACGGAUCAGAAGGGAGAAAGAACGAGAAGUAGAUCGAGAUGAGCUCAUCUCUCCACAGCAUAAGCAUAGUAGUAGCUCUCUCUCAUCCCGUCGAGAAGAACUUGUACCACCACAACAAAUGCACAGCAAUUCGGUUUCCCCCAGACACAGCAUAGCUGGCCCUUCUGAGCCAAGUUCUAUGGAAGAACUGCUGUCAGAUUUAAACAAAAUUAAAUCAGUGCUGCGGCAGCACGAAAGACGAAUUCGCCUUCUAGAAGAUGAAGUAGCGGACAAGAAUAUGGCCGACACAUACGGAUUUUAA